AUGGCGGCCACGCGGGCACCUGGCGGGGGGAACAGGAUGAAAGCCUUGGAGCUCUUGCGGAGCCUGCCUAGGGUCAGCCUCGCCAACCUACGGCCUAACCCUGGUGCCCGGCGGAAGGAAAAAAGACAAGGCCGUGGAAGGCAUAAUCCUACAAAGAAAACUAAAGGGCAAAAGAAAUCUGGGUCACUCCCUCGAAUAGGCUUUGAAGGUGGCCAAACACCGUUUUAUCUGGUUAUUCCAAAAUAUGGUUACAAUGAAGGACACCAUCUCAGACGUCAGUAUCCACCUCUCAGUCUCAGAAAGCUGCAGUAUCUUAUUGACUUAGGUAGAAUUGAUCCCAUGCAACCAAUAGAUCUUACACAGCUGACAAAUGCCAGAGGUAUAGCAGUACAGCCACUCAAAAGACAUUAUGGUGUCCAUCUUGUGGAGGAGGGUGCUGAUAUUUUUGCAGCAAAAAUAAACAUUGAAGUACAGUGGGUAUCUGAAUUAGCCAUAGCUGCUGUUGAAAAAAAUGGUGGUGUUAUUACUACAGCUUUUUAUGAUCCAAGGAGUUUGGAGGUUCUUUGCAAGCCAGUGCCAUUUUUUCAGAGAGGCAAACCUAUUCCAAGGAGAAUGCUUCCUCCUGAAGAUCUUGUCCAUUACUAUACAGAUCCUACAAACCGAGGCUACCUGGCCGAUCCUUCAAAAGUUGCUGAAGCAAGGAUGGAACUUUCCAAAAAAUAUGGUUAUAUCUUACCAGAUAUUACAAAGGAUGAACUCUUCCAAAUGCUGAGUGCUCGGAAGGACCCUAGGCAGAUUUUCUUUGGCCUUGCUCCAGGCUGGAUAGUAAAUAUGUCAGAAAAGAAGAUUUUGAAACCAACAGAUGAGAGGUUGCUGAAAUAUUACAGCUCAUGAAUACUGAAACUGGAAAUACCAUAGUGUUUAUAUGUAAUAUAUCAUUGUUUUCUUUAAAAAUGAACUAGUUGUAAUAAUAAUGCUAUAAUAAAAUAUGAACAUUU